AUGCGGAUUGAUAAAUCGAUGCCAGCAGUUUACAGUAGUGUUAAAGAUGAUGCAGGUUUGAUGAAGUGUCAGAUCGGAGGCGGCAGCAUCAGAAUACGAAGUUUAGGCAUCUGCAUCGGAGCUCUUCUGUGGUGGUGGCGUUUACAUGUCAGCCGUGGUGUGGUUGAGGGCGUCGGAGAAGGAAGAGUUUGCUUUACCACCUUGCGAUUGUUUGAGGGUUCAAUUGAUUUCCUGUGGGUGCCAGAAACUUUUGAUGAAGUGAACUUUGGAUUUGGAGUCUUAGCAAUACUAGAAGUUCUGGAAACAACAGGUUUAUGGACUGAUUUCUUGCUUGCUUGCCAACUAGAUUGGGGUCUAAUCUAA